AUGGAGUGGCGAGUCAUUCGGGUGACCUGCAACCCACCCAUCACCCAUCCACUAAAUGAGGGUAGGAGAUUUAUUGAUCUGCAAUCUAUCCAAAUCAAUAACCUAUUCACUGUGGUUUAAUUGGGUUCUUUGCAGGUGAGUCUAUGCCAAACCGCGGAUUACUCACCCACAUGCCCACCCCCAUACAUACCAAGUAAGACUUUUUAUCCCAAUAUAUUGCAAAGUUAUCUAAAAAAUGGAUGGAAAUAAAUAGUUUUUUUUAAAGGUACAAUGAAGUUUUAAGUAUCACAUUGGUGAAUGAAGUCCUACAAUGUCCAGUCUGCGGGGAGGAGGUGGAACUCUAGAACGUCUCUUCUUCCGCUGCCAAGUGGCAGUGGGGCUGUGGGAAGGGGCAGAGCUAGUGCGACUCCGAGAUUGCUUCCCUCUGAGCAAUGUUGCCAUCUUUUGGCGCAGAUUACUCGAGUGGCAAGAUUUGGAUCAGGGUGCCCUGAUGAGUGUUGUGGCCCUUUUCUUGUGUGUUUGGAAGGCCCAAAACUGGGUUGUCUUAGAAUUUACUCGAUACAUUGUUCCAGUGUUGCUUUCUCAAUUUCAUUUGCACGUUGCAGAGUGGGAGGCCUUACCCAACAACGAGAGCUUUUGCCAUUACUCAGGGGGUUCUGUUGCUAGGGUAGAGAGGACACUACGCUAGGAGAGCUGGUGAUUUUGUAGACAGUGCUACGACUAGUGGUUCUCACGGCACGAGCUGUUGCGUUCUGCAAGAUCCCACAAACAUAGUGUUGGCAGCGUCAGCAGCAUUAUACGUGGGGAUUACAGAACCAUAUUUUGUGGAGUUAUUAGCCUUCCGGGAUGCGAUUCGAUGGUGGUUGGCGUGCGGGUUGCAUUCGAUAACUUUUGCAAAUGAUUCUCAAGUGAUUCUGAUGUCAUUGGGGGUAUGCUUUUGGAUGGGAUUAGAAGUCUGCGAGGCUCGUGCUUGUAACAAGGUUGCCCAUUUGGUAGCAAGAGACCUUUCAUUGUUCCCCUCAUUAGCGAGGUUAAUUUGGUUAUUGGUUGUUUUCAGCUAUGUGACUCUCUGUAUAUGACUAUAUUCACGGUAAUACGAGUGAUUUUUUUUAAUUGAAGUCCUGCAAAAGGUGAAUAAAAAUAUGCUUAUUUU